AUGGCCGAGGCCCGGAAGCGGCGGGAGCUGCUUCCCUUAAUCUACCAGCAUCUUCUGCAAGCCGGCUAUGUUCGCGCAGCGCGGGAAGUGAAGGAGCAGAGCGGCCAGAAAAGUUUCCCAACUCAGCCGGUAACCCUUCUGGACAUCUACACGCACUGGCAACAAACCUCAGAGGUCGGCCGAAAGCGGAAAGCAGAGGAUGAUGCAGCACUGCAGGCCAAGAAGACCCGCGUGUCAGACCCCAUUAGCAGCUCUGAGAGCUCAGAAGACGAGGAGGAGGCAGAAACCGAGACUGCCAGUGCCAGGAAGACCCCAAGACUAGUGUCUGCCAACCCCUCAGUCAUGGGGAUGGAUUUGCCAUCGAGCAUGAAAGAACAAUCCAAGGCAGACACCAGGAAAGCCAGCAAGAUGGUGAACUCUAUACCACACCCUGCCUCAGGAAAGACAGUGGCCCACCUCCUCUCUGGGAAGUCACCCAAGAAGUUGACAGUGCCCUUGACAGAUACCACCUUGGUCUCAGAAACUGAGGAGGAGGGCAGUACCCCAGCUGUCAGAGUCACUGCCAAGCCUGGGGUGGUUGAUCAAGGCGACAGCUCCAGCGAGGACACCUCCAGCUCAAGCGACGAGACAGAUGUGGAGGUAAAACCUUCAGUGGAAACCCCUCCUGCCAAAGCCUUGCCAAUCAAAGCUUCACCAGUCCUUUCCAAGGAUCCUUCAGGGAGAGGGGCAGCCCCAGCCUCUGGAAAGGUGGGGGAUGUGACAGCCCAGGUCAGAGGAGGCACCUUACCUCCAGCCAACAAGGCCAAAAAGCCUGAAGAGGAGUCAGAGAGCAGCGAGGAGGAGUCUGAGAGUGAUGAGGAGGCCCCUGCAGAAACCCCCAGCCAGGUAAAGGCCUUGGGGAAAACUUCCCAGGUCAGAGCUGCCUCAGCCACUGCCAAGGGGCCUCCUGGGAAAGGGGCUGCCACAACCGCCCCUGUAAAGGCUGAAGCCACCUGGGCCAAGACAGGGAGGCCAGAGCAGGACUCAGAGAGCAGCAGUGAGGAGGAGUCGGACAGUGAGGAGGAGACAUCUGCAGCCAUGGCCCCACUUCAGGCGAAACCCUCUGGGAAAGCCCCCCAGGUCAGAGAUGCCUUAGCCCCUGCCAAGGGGUCUCCUGUUAAAGGGGUUGCUGCACCAACACCCCCUGGGAAGAUAGGGCCUGCAGCUGCUCAGGCAGGGAAGCCAGAGGAGGAUUCGGACAACAGCAGCGAGGAGUCAGACAGUGAGGAGGACACGCCUGCAGCCAAGACUCUAACUGCAAAACCUUCUGGGAAAAACCCCCAGGUCAAACCCACCUCAGCCCUGGGUACAGGGACUUCAGGAAAAGUGGUCGUUCCAGUGCCCUCUAGGAAGGCAGGGUCUGUAGUGCCCCAGGCCCAAGUGGGGAAGCCGGAGGAGGACUCAGAGAGCAGCAGCGAAGAGGAGUCGGACAGUGAUGGGGAGACAUCAGCAGCUGUGACUCAGCCAAAGCCCUCAGAAAAAAACGUCCAGUUCCGACCUGCUGCAGGUCCCACCAAAGGCCCCCUGGGCCAAGGGGCUACUCCAACACCUCCUCCCAAGGCAGGGCCUGCAGCCACCCAGGUCAAGGCUGAGAGGCCCAAGGAAGAGUCAGAGAGCAGUGAGGAGUCGUCUGACAGCGAGGAGGAAGUGCCAGCAGCUGUGACUCUGGCCCAGGCAAAACCGGCCAUGAAAACUCCCCAGACCAAGGCCUCCCCAAGGAAAAGCACCCCUGCAUCUACCAAGGUCCCCCCAGUACGAGUGGGGACUCCAGCCCCUUGGAAAGCAGGAACAACAACUUCUCCAGCCUCCACAGCAUCCCCAGCUAUGGCUAGGGGUGCCCAGAGGCCAAAGGAGGAGUCUUCUUCGAGCAGUGAGGAGGAGAGUGAGGAGGAGGAGACAGCUUCUGCAGCAGCAAUGGGGCAGGCAAAGUCUGUGGAGAAAAGCCUCCAAGGGAAAGCUGCCUUGGCCCCUGCCAAGGGGCCUGUAGGGCCUGGGACCACCCCAGUCCUCCCUGGGAAGGCAGGGUUUACAGCCGCCCAGAUCAAAACUGAGAAGUACGAAGACUCAGAGAGCAGUGAGGAGGAAUCACACAGUGAGGAGGCACCCUCAGCCAUGACUGCAGCACAGGUGAAGGCCUCAGUGAAAAUUCCUCAGACCAAAGCCAGCCUAGCUUCUUCCAGAGUGUCUUCAGUCAAAAGGGCAGCAUCAGCUCCUGGAAAAGUGAACACUGCAGAUACGCAAGCCGAACUGGUGUCCCCAACCAAGGUAAAGCCACCAGUGGGAACUCCCCAAAGCAGUGCCGUCUUGGUGCAGGGCCAGGUGUCUGGACCAGCUGUGGGGAAGGCAGUGGCUGUAGCAGCCCAGGCCAAGACAGGGGCAUUCAAGGGGUCCCAGGAAGAAGACUCAGACAGCAGUGAGGAGACACCAGCGCAGGUGAAGCCAUCAAGGAAAGCUCCCCAGGUCAAAACAGCCUCAGCCUCCACCAAAGGGACCCCAGGGAAAGGGGCUGUCCCAGAACCCCCUGGAGAAAUAGAGCCUGCAGCCACUCAGGCAGGGAAGCCAGAGGAGGACUCAGACAGCAGCAGCGAGGAAGACUCAGACAGUGAGGAUGAGGCACCAGCAGCUGUGACAUCCGCCCAGGUGAUUAAACCCCCUCUGAUUUUUGUCGACCCUAAUCGUAGUCCAGCUGGCCCAGCUGCUACCCCCGCACCAGCCCAGGCUGCAAGCGCCCCAAGGAAGGCCCGGGCCUCAGAGAGCACAGCCAGGAGCUCCUCCUCCGAGAGUGAGGAUGAGGACGUGAUCCCUGCUACCCAGUGCUCGACUCCUGCCAUUAGAACCAAUGUGAUGCCUGUACCUACUGCCCGACCAGUGACAGCCCCCAAUGCCAGUGGUGCUGGGGCCAGCAACAGCAAGGAGUCCAGAGGUGUGGCAGAAAGCAAGCAGCAGAUGGCGCCGGCCCCUCAGGUGACAAAGAAGAACCCGGCUUCCCUCCCACUGACCCAGGCUGCACUGAAGGUCCUUGCCCAGAAAGCCAAUGAGACCUGGUCUCCCACUGCAAGGACCCAGCCUUCAAGUGGGGUUGGCAGUGCUCUAGGAAAGUCCUCUGUGCAGAGUGCCCAGAGCAGUCCCGUCCAGGCAAGAGGGACCAACAAGGUCGGAAAACCCAAGCUUCCUGAGGCCCAGCCAGCCACAGCCACACCCUCAGGAGGCCCCAAAGCCAAGGCCUCUGGGACUUCAGAUGACAGCGAGGACAGCAGUGACAACUCUUCAGAGAGUGAGCAGGAUGUUGAGGGGACCCAGAUGGCCAAGUUGGCACACAGACCGGCUCCAGUGCCCUCCAGGAAGGAGACCUUGGUGGAAGAGACCACAGAGUCCAGUGAGGAUGAGGUGGUGGAGCCUUCCCAGUCUCUCCUCUCAGGUUAUGGGACUCCUGGGUUCACCCUGGCCAGUGUCCAGGCUUCAAAAGCCAUGCCCAGGCUCAACCCCUCAGUUUCCUCUACUCCGGUCACCAAAGAUGGCCCAGAUGGCAAACUGGAGACAGAGCCCCAACAAGCAGCUGCCACGAUGUCCCUUAAAACAGGCAGAAGAGAGGCCACCUCAGGUACAAAGCCUCAGAAGCCUCGGAAGCCCAAGAAGGGGGCUGUGAACCCCCAAACUUCAACACUGGCUUUGCAGAAUGACAUCACCCAGCGCCUCCUGAGCGAGCCCUGGCCCCUGAGCGAGGCCCAGGUGCAGGCGUCCGUGGCAAAGGUCCUGGCAGAGCUGCUGGAGCAGGAAAGGAAGAAGGCUGCAGAUGCCGCCAAGGAGAGCAGCAAGAAGGCCUGGGUGGGCCUCAAGCGGAAGUUGUCAGGCGACCAGCCAGCUGCCAGCACCCCCAAAAGCAAGAAGAAAAAGAAGCUGGCAGCGGGGGUGGGUGGGGAGAGUGCUGUUUCCCUAGAAAAACCCCCCAGGACUCCCAAAGGGAAAUCAAAGAGAGACAAAGCAAAAGCAAGCGACACCAUGAAAGAGAAGAAGGGGAAGGGACUUCCUGGCUCCCGAGAGGCCAAAGAAAAGCCAGAAGGGGGUCUGUGUAUGGUGGAGGGUGGAGACCAAGGCAACCCAAACACCAAGAAGGAAAAGAAGAAAUCUGACAAGAAAAAAAAAGACAAGGAAAAGAAAAAGAAAACAAAAAAGACCUCAGCCAAAGACCAUGACUCCCCAUCCCAAAAGAAAAGGAAAAAAAAGAAGAAGACAGCAGAGCAGACUGCCUGA